AUGGCACUCGUGCAUAGCCCGCGGGGGGGCUGCCUGUCCGGAAUCCCUCACCCGACCAACCAGGGCGGCGCCAUCGACGAUCUGGCCCGCCCUGGCGAGAAUUUGACGCUGGCACAGCGAGCCAACGGCAGCCGCAGCACCGCAUCCUUCUGGCUCUCAGCGGCGUCCGGCUACCGGCCAGCGAGGCUGGCUCCGGCACAGCAAAUGCAGCAGCGGAUCCCACGACACAUUGUGCAGGUCGGCUCCACCUUCGAGUGGGCGUCGCGGGGCAGGUACAGCGCGUAUAUGGCAGGCUGGUGGACUCGCAACCCCGACUAUGCUUACGCAUUUUUCAAUGACUCGCACGCCCGCCACUACGUGACGCGGCGCGCGUCGGAAAACGAGAGCAGCGCCUACCUGUCGCUCAAGCAUGGUGCGCAGCGCGCCGACCUCUUCCGCAUGAUAUGGAUCAAGUACGAGGGCGGUGUCUACGCGGACCUGGACAGCUCGUGCAUUCGCCCGCUCUCCAGCGUGAUUGAGCCGCACUACUCCGCCUACGUGGGCCCCUCCUGGUCCUUUGAGUUCCUGGCGUACGAGCCCGGGCACCCAAUCAUCGUCGCAGGGCUGAAUAGGCAAGUGGCGAAUGUGCUGCGCCAGGUGGCGCUGCUGAACCAGCCGGCGCAGGACCGCACCGGUUUGUGCAGGGGCGCGCACAGCUGUGUGGUCUCGCAGACAGGGCCCAGCGCGUAUUGGGCCGGAGUGUGGGAGGCCACGCACCGGCUGGGGUGCACCAAUCAACGACAGUUGUUCACCGCCGGGCAGUGCAGCAGCUCAGUCAGCGACCCGAUGCGCCGAGUGCACGUCUGCCGGAGAAUCACAUACAUCGGCAGCGGCAUGUUGGGGAGGAUCAUGACGUGCAACGUGUCGAGGCACAAUGACUGCCGGAACGGGGGCAUCCUGGGGUUGAGGUGCGGAUCGUCGCGGUCGAACUCGCCGCACUACACCCGAAUUGGCGUCGACGCGGAGAGGUUCUUCGCGACGGCACCGCUGCUGCGCUGA